AAAAAGAGAAAAAGAAAACAACCAACCUCAUAAUAAAAAAAAGUUCAUGCAGUGAAAAAAAACCAAGAAAAAUUGCUAGCAGCAUAUUUGUCAAAAAAAAGUAAUAACAGCAAAAAAAAAAGUGUUUGCCGUGGCAAUCUCUACUCUUCUCGCUCUGGCGUUUACAUAAAUGGCAAAUUAUUCUUGAGAUUACAACAACAACAUCAGAGGAAAAAUAAAGGAAAGCUCUGCUUACGGCACAACAACAACAAAACAGCGAAAAUUUGUGGAUUUACAUUUCCUGUCUUUUUGUGGAUUAUUUUCUACCUACAAUCGCUGCUCACUUUUACGGGCCGCUCGCUCUCACUCGCUCUCUCUCUGUCGCACGCGAGUGUCGAGGGUCGCUGCGCGAGCAGGCAAGCAAGUCGACAGGCAACGAAAUCCUCGUUCGCACCUUGCUCCUCCUCCCCCCCUACACUCAUUCACUCGACCCAUCCACUCUCACUCACUCACCACCGCUCUCUCUCCCCCUUCACGAUACCAACAACAACUACAGGAACAACAACAACAACAAAGACGACUGCAUGCUGUCGCCUAUGAAGCAGGAACGAGCAUAUCAACAGCAGAAAUUGCGAUUAUUUUGGAUUUAUAAAAAGUUUUGAAAAUGAACAGUUUGGCCCGAGGGCCGAGGCCCUGCGUCUCCACCCAGUCACGUCGUUGCCUGGAAAAUUCAUCAGUGCGGCAACGCCACCAGCAGCAAGCUUUCAACAACAACAAGAACAACAACAACAGCAACUACAGUAACAAUAACAAUAAUAACAGUAAUACAAAUAUAAACAAGCAGAAGAUCAGCCACAUAACUGCUGGCUGCAGCAACAACACAUUGAAAAGUACGUUCCUAGGCAAUAUUGGUAGUACUUUGGGCCCGCACAAAGCGGCCGCCCGAUCGUUUGCGUCUGCAUGGAGUCAAUGAGACGUAACGAGGCGAACACUAGCCACCACCCGAAUAAGGUGGCCCUGAAUAGCAGCAACGUAGCAACGGAAAGCAAUAUUAAGAGUAAAUUGUUAGCUAAUUUAAGUGCGGCAAACGCAACAACAGUAGCAGCAUCGGUAUCGGCAGCAGGAACAGCAGCGGCUACAACAACAGCAACAACAACAGCAAUUGCAACAACAGCAGCAGCAACAACAACGACAACGGCAGCCACAAACCAAGCAUUGAAUUUCAAUAACAAAGUGAAGGCAACAACAGCAACGAAUAAUUUGCAAGGCAACAGUGCGAUUAAGAAGCAUACGAAAUUGAUUGGCGGUAGCAAGACAAACGCCGCAAAUACAACAACAACAACUUCAACAGCAGCAGCAGCGGCGGCGGCGGCAUCGGCAUCGUCAAGCAGCAGCAGCAGCAGUUCAUCAUCGAAUUCGAGUGAAUCAAAGGAUACGAAUUUUGAGUACGAGGACGAGUGGAAUAUUGGCGGCAUACCAGAGUUGCUGGACGAUCUAGACGCUGAUAUUGAAAAGUCGGCGGCGCAUUCGGGUGGUGGCAACCAAACGACAGCGGCGACAACGACAGCGGCGACAACAGCAGCAGCAACAACAACAACAGCAGCAGCAGCAACACUAAAUGCUAAACAAGCAACAGCAGCAGCAACAACAUCACAUAAAACGCACAAAACCACAUUGCAUAGCAAUUUGUCGGCCACAUCGCCAACCACAAUUAAGUUCACACGCCAGCCCAUUGCCAGCGGCACCGGCAGUGUCCCAGGAGCGCCAACAGCACCAGGAGCAGUAGCCGGAACAACUGCUUCCAAUAACAAUAGCAGCAGCAGCAGCAACAGCAGCAGUAGCAGUAGCAGCAGCGGUAGCAGCAGCAGCAGCAAAUCUUCAUCGAAACAUCAUCAUCAUCACCAUCAUCAUCAUCAUUCGCAUCAUAGUACAAGCUCGAAGGGCUACAAGUCUGCAUUAGUUGCACAAUUGAAUAGUCCAAUCAAUCACAACAACAACAACAACAACCAACAGCUGAAUAAGAACAGCAGCAGCAGCGCAGUUAACAACGCCGGCAGCACAUUGUCCUCCUCGACAUUUGCCGGCUUCAGUAAAGGUGGCAAUUUGGUUUCCUCAUCGACAUCCUCAUCGUCAACCACAUCACAGAACAGUAGCAGCAGCGGCAGCAACACCAGCAGCAGCCAGUCUUCCACAAGCGGCACUGGUCAGCCUCAGCCGCAAGCUAAAUUAAACAACGCUGGCGGCAUGUCCUCGCAAUCAGGCAGCAACACGAGCAACAACAACAGCACCAGCGCCAGCGGCGGCGGCGGCAGCAGCAACACUAGCAGCAACAACAACAACAACAGCAGCAGCAGCAGCAGCAAUAAUAGCAACAGUAACACUAGCAACAACAAUACGCUUGGUGGCGCCACAAUAGGUGGCCAGAGUACGCAAAGCGGCAGCGGUAAAUCGAGCGCAAAAAUGUCCAUUGAUCAUCAGGCCACGCUCGAUAAAGGACUUAAAAUGAAGAUCAAACGCACCAAGCCCGGCACCAAAAGUUCCGAGGCCAAACACGAAAUAGUUAAGGCCACAGAUCAACAGCAACAACAGCAGCAGCAGCAACAACAACAGCAGCAGCAGAACGGUGCGCUGGGCAACAGCAACCAGCAGGACGAUGGUGGCAGCACCAGCAGCAGCAGCGGCAGCAGUAGCAGCAGCAAUGCGCUCAGCAACAACAGUAGCAGUAGCAGCAGCAAUAACAGCAGCAGCAACAGUAACAACUCAAGCAAUUCUUCCAGUAAAAAGCAUCUCAAUAAUUCCAGCAGCAGCAGCAGCAGCAAUAGCAACAACAACAACAGCAGUAGCAACAACAAUGCGCACGGCAGCAGCAGCAGCAGCAACAACAACAACGCACAAUCAACGCCGCAGAGCAACAAACGCGGCAGCAGCGGCCAUCGGCGCGAGAAAACCAAGGAUAAAAACGCACAUUCCAAUCGCCUCAGUGUGGACAAGUCAGCUGCCGCCUCGGCAGCGGGCGAGAAGGACACGCCCGAAAAGAACGCCAGCAAUAAUAGCAACAGCAGCAGCAGUAACAACAACAACAAUAACAAUACCAGCAACAGCAGCAAUUGCCAAUGCAAUGGCGAUAUUGCUGGCAGUGCAGCGUUGCAGCCCUGUUCGCAUCACGCCUGCAUACGGCGCAACAGUGGCAACAGCAGUGGCGGCGGCGGUGGCAGCAACAAUUCCUCUGCAUCCGCUGUGCCACCAGGCGUAUUUACGCCCUCUGCUGGCUCACCAGCUGCUGUUGUCUCUGCUGCAGCAUCGCUGCUGGCUGCUACAACGGCAGCAACGGCAAGCGCCGCCGCACAGUCAGCAGCAGCGAACAGCAGCGGCGGCGUCGGCGGCAACGGUGGCAGCAGUGGCAACAACAGUGGUGGCAUUAAUGCUGGUGCUGCCAAUGCGCCAAAUGGGCCGCCCGGCAAGGAAGCCAGCAUUAAAAUCUCCUCACACAUUGCCGCACAGCUGGCAGCAGCAGCGGCCUCCUCCAGCAGCAACAGUAACAACAACAGCGGCAGCAGCUAUGCAGGCAGCCAAAGCUGUGCUGGUGCUGCAGCAGCAGCAGCAACUGUUGCCGGCGGUGGCGCUGGUGUUGCUGGCUUGAGCAGUGCAGAGAGCAAGGCACAGGCCAAAAUGAUGGCGCCCGGCAUGAUCUCAGCCACCAUGCACCACACAAUUUCGGUGCCAGCGGGCAGCACUGCAGCCGGCGGCAGCGGCGAUGAUGACAGCAAAUCACCGCCAGCGAAACGGGCCAAGCACAGCGAGAACAGCAGUGGGGGCAAGGAUAUGGUCGAUAUAUGCAUUGGCACCUCUGUCGGCACAAUUACCGAGCCGGACUGCUUGGGACCCUGCGAGCCGGGCACCUCGGUCACACUCGAGGGCAUCGUUUGGCAUGAGACCGAGGGCGGUGUUCUCGUCGUGAAUGUGACGUGGCGCGGCAAAACCUAUGUGGGCACCCUGCUCGACUGCACCCGACACGAUUGGGCUCCUCCAAGAUUCUGUGAUUCACCAACUGAAGAAUUAGAUUCUCGAACUCCAAAGGGACGUGGCAAGCGCGGACGGAGCGCAGGUCUAACGCCCGAUCUGAGCAACUUUACCGAAACCAGAAGCUCGAUUUACUUCUCACAUGCCCAGGUGCACUCGAAGUUGCGCAAUGGCGCCACCAAAGGACGUGGAGCGACGCGCAGCGCCACUGGGAAUGCGACCAAUAGCGGUAGCAGCUCAUCGGGCAAUGGUGGCGGCGGUGGUGGUGGUGGUGGCAGCAGUGGCAAUGGAGGUGGUGCCACACCCAGCACAUCACCGACAGCAUUUUUGCCGCCACGGCCUGAGAAGCGCAAAUCAAAGGACGAGGCGCCGUCACCGCUCAACGGCGAUGGCGCCGAUGGUGCCGGUGGAAUUGUGAGCAUGGUCAAUGCCAGCGGCAUACCAAUUUCGGCCAGCGGCGGUGGCCUGGCCACCCAGCCGCAGAGCCUGCUCAAUCCGGUGACUGGACUCAAUGUGCAAAUCAACACAAAAAAAUGUAAGACUGCCUCGCCGUGCGCGAUCUCACCGGUGCUGCUCGAGUGUCCCGAGCAGGACUGCAGCAAGAAGUACAAGCAUGCCAAUGGGCUGCGCUAUCAUCAGUCGCAUGCGCACGGCGCCAGCGGCGGUGGCAGCAGCAGCGGCGGUGGUGGCGGCACCAGCUCCAUGGAUGAGGAUUCCAUGCAGGCGCCCGAGGAGCCAGCAACGCCCCCAUCACCGAUGCCAGCGGCAGCAACUGGAGCAACAGUUUCCGGUACAACCACAGCAACCACUGUUGCAGCAGUAGCAUCAGCAGCAGCAGCAGCAACACCAGCCACAGCAACACCUAAUGUCACAUCGCCCAUCGCAGCUGUGGCCAAUGGCACAGUGGGAAUAGGAUUGGGAGCAGCGGCAGCAGCAGCCGCCACAUCGGCCUUGCCAGCUGCUGUUGCCGAGUCGAGCAGCGCAACAAGUGGAAAUGCAAU